AUGUCUUACUCUAAAGCCUGCUGCUCCCUCCCUCCUGUCGUCUCUGACUACAAGUACACUGGCGAUAUGGAAAAGUUCGAGGAUCUCUCCAUUUAUACUGUUGGCCCCAAGGAUGCCAAGAAGGCUGUUCUUGUGUUUUAUGAUAUCUUUGGUUACCAUCCUAAUGCCUAUCAAUUCUGUGACAUCUUGGCCAAGCAUUGUGGUUGGAGAGUCAUCAUGCCCGAUUUCCUUCAUGGCGAUUACGCUACUAUGGAAUUGCUUGCCGAUAAGCCUAAGCUUUUGGAAUGGGUUGGAAGAGUUGGUACCGUUGAAGCUGUCACUCCUGAUGUUGAACGUUCCGUCAAGUAUCUCAAGGAAGAUGGUGUUGAUGCUGCCACUUUGGUUGGUUUCUGUUGGGGUGCCAAGAUCGCUGUCCAAUUGACUUCUACAAUGCCCUUCUUUGUUGGUGCCUCUUUGGUUCAUCCUUCCUUUGUCGAUGUCAAGGAUGCUGAAAAGGCUGGUGCUCCCAUCCUUGCUCUUCCCUCUAAAGAUGAACCCGAUAUGACUGAAUACAUGGAGGUUUUGGCCAAGAAGCCUUUCGGCAACCAAUGCAAGCAUGUCCGCUUUGAUGACAUGGUCCACGGUUUCUGUGCUGCUCGUGGUGAUUAUACCGACAAACUCAAUGCUCAAAGAGCUAAUGAGGCCAUCCAAUUGACUGCCAACUUCUUUAGCGAAUGCUUCAAGACCAAGGAAUCUUCUUUGUAA